AUGGCGACUGCUACCGGCGUCGACUUGAAGCUGCUGAAGAGCACAAAGUUUCCACCCGAGUUCAACCAGAAGGUGGACAUGAGCAAGGUCAAUAUUCAGGUCAUGAAGAAAUGGAUCGCCAACAAGGUCACCGAGAUCCUGGGCCAGGAAGACGAUGUCGUCAUUGAGCUCAUCUUCAACCUGAUCGAAGGCACCCGAAACCCGGACAUCAAGGCCCUCCAGAUCCAGCUGACCGGCUUCCUCGACAAGGACACACCCGCUUUCUGCAAGGAGCUGUGGAAGCUCCUCUUGAGCGCCCAGAAUAGUCCCCAGGGCGUGCCGAAAGAGCUGCUGGAGGCGAAGAAACUGGAGUUGAUGCAGGAGAAGACAAGGCCGCAGAGGAAGCCCGCAAGCGCCGAGAAGAAUUCGAGCGCCGCGACCGUGGUAAAGGAGGACGUGGUGGUGGAUUUGGUAGAGGUGAUUCAUGGCGCGGUGGUCGCGCCCGGUCUCGUUCCCCUCCCCGUUUCCGCGAGCGCGGCCGUGGAGGCCGUGGCGGCUGGAGAGAAGCAAGAGACUCAUACGUCCCCCGCCGGCGCGAUGACUGGGACCGGCGCCGGCGGUCUCGCAGCAGAUCUCGCACUCGUUCGCCCUCUCGAUCCCGCUCCCGUACCCGUUCCCGUACCCGCUCCGUCUCCCCUCGCUCAGCAUCCCGCUCGCGCAGCCCCAGCGUCGAUGGCAGCCGCCGUUCUCGAACCCGUUCCCCAACCCCGCCGGCCCGUCGCCGUGGAAGGUCUCGCUCCCGCACGCCGCCCUCUCGUCGGGACACAGCCAAGCGACGCCGCUCGUCGCCUCGUCGUGCCCGCGGCCGCUCAUACUCGUCCGAUCGGGCAUCGCCCUCGCCCAAGCGCCGACGCUACUCGCCUUCUAGGAGCCGAAGCCGCAGUCGUGCAAGGAGCUACAGUCGCAGCCUGCGCAGCCGUUCCCGUAGUCGCAGUCGCAGUCGCAGUCGCAGUCGCAGCGUGA